GUUUGCAACAUGCACUCAAGCACACACGCAAACACAAACCCAUCUGCGAAUCAAUGAUUUCCACCUUAUCAAAGUAACUAAAGCAAAGUAAAACACCCUGCAACGUGUAAGUACCUGUUUCUUAGGAACAGGAAUGAGAAGAUUUCACAGACCUUUCUAGGUUUGAAUGUGCAUGAGGGCCGCUGAGCUUCCAACUGUUUGUCUUGAAAUGUUUUUGAAUGCAGGAAUGCAGGAAUUCAGGAAAUUGAUUUCAGGUUAGACUGAACAGUUUUCAGUCAGUUGCCACCUAUAAUGAACUUUUGCUCAGUCAAUGGACAACCUGAUUCACAGCCCACCGCACACAGUCACGCUCCUGCACAGACAUCUCGUUUGCUCCCAGAAAAACGGGAGAGAAGGGUUCUUGGGUGUGACAAGGAAAAGGAAGAAAGAAAGAAAGCAAUACAGGAGAGAGGUGUAGGAGGGGGCACCAUUGCUCUGCCCCACCCCUCACAUGCACUGAGUAAACACUCUUUUACCAACUGCACCUCCAAUCACACACUCUGCUCCUCUACCCCACAGACGGUGUGUGUGAGAGCGAGAGAGUGACUGAGAGAGAGAAGAGGGUAACCGCUGACGCCAGACAGACAGAAAGCCUGAGUGUGUGUGUGUGUGUGUGUGUGACUGUGUGAAUGGUACACACACCAGCUACACUGCCACUCGAACACAUCCAUUCACCUGAAAAAGCAGACUCCAAUCCUGAUUGGAUGCUUAUCUCAGAAUGACAGCAGAAGACUCCGCCUCUGCCGUUGCUAUGAGUAACCCUAGCCCUUCCUCCUCUUCUAAGGCCUCCUCUGGGCAUCCGCAGCAUCACAACGCCAUCCCUGAGGGAGUGGCUGGGGCCCCCAAUGAAGCUGCGCUUAUGGCCUUGAUGGAGCAGUCAGGUUAUGGUAUGGUGCAAGAAAAUGGACAGCGCAAAUAUGGCCCGCCACCAGGCUGGCAAGGCCCCUCCCCUCCACGUGGCUGUGAAAUCUUUGUGGGUAAAAUCCCACGUGAUGUUUACGAGGACGAGCUGGUGCCAGUAUUUGAGACUGUUGGACGGAUCUACGAGAUGCGCCUAAUGAUGGAUUUUGACGGGAAGAACCGCGGUUACGCGUUCGUCAUGUUCACGCAGAAGCACGAAGCUAAGCGAGCAGUUCGUGAACUCAAUAACUUCGAAAUUCGUCCAGGAAGGUUGUUAGGUGUGUGCUCUAGUGUAGAUAACUGCCGCCUCUUCAUUGGCGGAAUCCCAAAAACCAAGAAGCGUGAGGAGAUCCUGGAGGAAGUUUCCAAGGUGACGGAGGGGGUGCUGGAUGUGAUUGUGUAUGCGAGUGCUGCGGAUAAGAUGAAGAAUCGUGGCUUUGCCUUUGUAGAGUACGAGUCUCACCGUGCUGCUGCUAUGGCCAGAAGAAAGCUCAUGCCAGGACGAAUUCAGCUCUGGGGUCACCAGAUUGCAGUUGACUGGGCAGAACCUGAGAUUGACGUUGACGAGGACGUCAUGGAAACAGUGAAGAUUCUGUACGUGCGGAACCUGAUGAUAGAGACCAGUGAGGAUAUUCUACGCCAAACCUUCGGCCAGUUCAACCCUGGCUGCGUGGAACGUGUCAAAAAAAUCCGAGACUACGCCUUUGUUCACUUCUCCAGUCGAGAAGAUGCUGUGGUUGCAAUGGACAACCUGAACGGCACAGAGAUCGAAGGUUCCCGUAUUGAAGUGACCCUGGCCAAGCCUGUGGAUAAGGAGCAGUACACCCGCUAUCAGAAAGCAUCGAAGGCAACAGCGGCUCCGACAACUACCGACAACACCCAACAAAGUUACGUGUAUCAGUGUGACCCAUAUACACUCACCUAUUACGGCUAUCCCUACAACACACUCAUUGGGCCCAACCGAGAGUACUUCAUCAAAGCAGGUACUGUAAGAGGCCGUGGCCGUGCUGGGGCCGGUAAUAGGGGCCCAGGGCCCCGCGGCUCAUACCUUGGUGGCUAUUCAGCUGGCCGAGGCAUUUACAGCCGCUACCAUGAAGGAAAGGGCAAAUUGCUGGACAAACCUUACGAGAUCAUGCCCAAUCUAGAGCUGGCAGCUGUGAACCCAGUGGGCAUCAAGCCUGGCACAAUGGCUCUUCCAGCACUCGGCGCUCAGUACCCUGCUGUGUUUUCUGCUGCCCCUGCAACUAAGUUAAUGGAUGAAGGGAAGAUGCACCCAGUGGAGCACCUGAUAAACCCUAUGGCCCUCCAGCAUGACCCCACAGCUGCCUCGGCCACUGCGGCGGUCAUACCUGCAGUCUCCACACCACCGCCUUACCAGGGUCGUUCUAUAACCCCCGUCUAUGCUAUGGCUCACAAUGUCCAGAGGAUCCCGGCUGCAGCUGCCAGUCUGUAUGGAGCCGGCUACAUGCCUAUCGCUACCCAUGCCAACACGGCCAUGCUGGCAGCGCUGCAGAAGAACGCUGCUAUGGCAGCCGCCGCAACCUAUGGAGGGUACGCUGGGUACAUGCCUCAGGCCUUCCCUGCCACUGCCACCUUCCAGAUGCCCAUUCAUGAUGUAUACCAGACCUACUGAGAUACCUGCAGCAUCGAUCACAAUGACUUACAAUUACACACACACCACAUCACCACAGGCCAUCAGACAUUUACACCACAUCUAUGAGGUCUGCUGGUUAAUUGAACCACGGAGAGUGAAACUGACAUGCAACAACUCUUAACACCUUCUGACUCGUGUGAAGCUCCCUGGAAGGCUUUAGAUUAGACGCUGGCAGCAUGGAUGUAGAUUUCAUCUAAAUUAUCUCACAUCUUCAUCAGCCCCUCUGGCCCACAUUUAUUAAUCCAGACGUAUGACCUAGACCAAAACCACUUUUGUAUGAUACUGAUUAGCUUAUCAAGACAGGUAGACUUUUGUGUUAUAUGUUAUGGACUCAAACCCUGCAAUGUGACCAGAACCUCGCCUAUUUUCCCUUUAGAUCCAUAGGAAACAGUCUGUCAGUUCGACUUCCUAAAGGAAUCGACAACUCUUGCUGAUUUCCAAAGCCAUUACACGACUGACUGAAUGAAUGACAACUCAUCACUCAUUUGCAUAUUUGAUCAUUCUGCAGAGGUUUUGUUUAUUAGUUGAUCACCAGUACAGCUGUUGACUGAUUCCGAGUGAUAUGUUCAUAUGAAGUAAUUCCAAAUAAGACUUGCAGAAGCACACCUACUGACAUAUCACCAGCUUCCCCACACACUCCAGCUGAGAGUCGUGAGCCAGAGCAUUCGUGUCACUGCACACUCCUAAUACCACUCCUCUGCAUUCACGGGCACAAGAACGUUGUAGUAUUUGUGGACUUUAAUAAGAACGUAUUUAAUGGCUCUCUAUGCUUUAGUGCAUUUACUUUUGUUUUGUGAAGAAAAACAAAAUUGACAAAAAAACUGUAAAAUGAACAAACAACUGCUGAGCAGGAACUUCAACAACCACAGAAGUAGAAGAUUUGAAGUGUUUCAUGAAAAUGCUGUAUUUUGAGUUUAUAACAUAUACUUUCAAAAUGUGUUGAAGACGUCGGAAUCUUCCGUCCACUGGGUUUCCUGCACACGAGUCUAUAUGCAAAUUCCUGCAUUCGUUUUUUCCUCCUUAACUGUUUAUUUUUAUAUUUAGAUUGUUUUAAGAUUCUACUGUUUAGUUGGUUUGAAGAUGUUGUUUUUAUUGUCUAGAAGAUAUUUUUCUUCUCUUAACUGGAAGAUAGACAAACACUGUUUUCAUUCACAUUCUCAGAGGCAAAAUAAGUGUUCAAGAAAACGGAAACUGGAAAAAGAGAAGUUUUUCAGUCAGUCAGAUAUAUGCUGGAUAACAUUAGUUCUCUGUUAAAGGUAUAGUUAACCCAAAAAUGAAAUUUCAUGUCGUUCCAAACCUGUAUAACUUACUUUCUUCGGUGGAACAUGAGAGAAGGUAUUUUGAGUGUAUAUCUAUACAAUGGAAGUCAAUGGUAACCAAAACGUUUAGGUUACCAACAUUCUUCAAAAUAUCUGCAG